AUGGUGUACUUCCACGGAGGUGGCUGGUGCUAUGGGAGUGUCAACUCGCACGACUCCCUCUGCAGAGCAUACGCGACCGCCUGCAAUGCUGUGGUGGUCUCUGUGGAAUACAGACUUGCACCAGAGCAUCCCUUCCCUGCUGGCUUCAACGACUGCUACUCCGCCACAGCUUGGGUGAGCAAACAUGCUGAAGAGCUGCGUGGAGAUGCCACCACCCUGGCCGUUGCAGGAGACUCGGCUGGCGGCAACCUGGCAGCGGCUGUGGCGCUGAAGGCUCGCGGCCACAGCAUUGAUGGCCCUAACAUCCGCUUCGAAUGCCUCAUCUGCCCGGUGUUGGACUACCACAGCCCAGGAACGCCGUCUUACGCAGAGCAUGGGGGCGAGGGCGCCUUUGUUUCGCGCAAGAAUAUGGAGGAAGUAUUCCGGCACUACGCGCCGAAGCCGGAGGACUUGACCAGCCCGCUGGUGUGCCCCCUCAAGGCGCAGGAUCUUUCAGGGCUGCCGCCUGCGCUGAUACUCACUGGCGAGAGGGACCUGCUGAGAGAUGAGGGGGAGGCUUAUGCUGCCAAGCUCCUAGAUGCCGGGGUGGACGUGUCACUGAAGAGGUUCAAGGGCGCUGUGCAUUUUGGCAUGUGUUCCCCGAUACUGGCCCCGGCAGAUUUCAGUCUGUCCCUCGCCCUCAUGAAGGCGCACUGGCAGCAUGCCCUGGACGCCUCAGCGACCCCGUCAGAGACUUUUCACUCAACGCUGUGA